GCAAAUUUGCGCAGAUGAUCCACUAGUGGAGGCGAAGCUAGAGAGAUGGGUUUGGCAUAUCUUCUCAAACGACGGCCUCCAUGAGCUUGUUCUCCGACCAUUUUCUGUCUCCAUGCGCGGUGAGCAGUUCUGUUUAGAUGUGCCCAAGCUUCCUGUGCUUUCCGACUGCAAAGCCUUCAACUCCCUCAAUUCCAUACAUCUAUCUGAAUUGAGAGUGACGGAAGGUCUAAUACAACACUUGGUCCUAAAUUGCCGGUUGUUGGAGAACCUCGAAUUGAGCUACUGCUACAUUGUUGGUAAUAUCAGAAUCCAUGGCGGUACCCAUCUCCGUCUCAAGAAUCUGACGAUAAGCCAUUGCUUUAGCCGGUACUGGCAGUUGGACAUAGUUGCGCCCAACCUCUCCACUUUCACCUUCGUGGACGACAGACUGAUCGACACCAAGCACAUUUUAUGCCGUCUCUGACGACUGCCAUGGUUUCCUUUGUUGGGCAACUUGAUGAUCCUCGUACAGACGAUGGUGCCUUGGUAGCAUUUCUUAAAGGAUUUGCCAACGUAACGACGUUGUUCUUGCAUUUUCGUCCUUUUCAUCGGAGAAAGCUUUUUUUCCAACCUCAUCCUGAUCUGCUUUUUCACUUCCUCAAUUUGGUGGAACUGCAACUUGUUAUCAGUCGAGGACGCCUCGUGUGGUGGGAUUUGUGGAUUUUAUUGAUGGCAUGCCCCUGUCUUCAGAAUCUCCUUCUUUCGUUCCCGCUCAAUGAGGAGACGGAUGACUACAUCGGCAAGUUUCGGAAUUCAUUCGAGAGGCCGAAUGAGAUUCCCAAUUGUCUGAUUCAUCAUCUUAAGAGGGUUGAAAUGACGGGCUUUGUUGGAGAUGAAGACGACAUGCAAUUGAUUGCACUCAUAUUGAAAGUGGCGAUUGCACUUGAACGAGCCCAUAUUUGUAUCGCUAAAAGAUGCUGCUGCAUCAAAGGAGGAGAUUGCUGCAUCAGUGCAAAAGAUGCCCAAAAAGUCUAG